UUGUUCAGGAUGCUGCUGUUGUUCCCAUUGUGAAGUGAAAGCCAAAGCCGGCAGUUUCCUUAGUCACCAGCUGGAGCUGAGAGGCUGUGAGCAGCGCGUGGGGCUCCCUCCCCACGGCCUCCAUGCCGCGGGUCUGGCAGCGAGACAGGGAGCCCCGGGAGGCGCUUUCGGGAGGAACCGAUGAUGAACGGCUGUCUCCGGUUGGCGUGAGGAUGCGACGGUGACCGGGGCAUCGCACGCCCGCGGACCCUCUGACGAUGAAUGGGACGGCCAACGUGAACGUGUCUGGCCGGAGCCAUUAUGCGUCUGCUAUCCCGGUGCCCCGCGCUAUGUCCCAGAGCAAGCUGCCCCCGAAGCAGAGCAGCCUGGGGGCCCCCCCUUCCCAGCGGGCGGCGUCACCACGGCCAGGGAAGGCGCCAGGCUACAUUAGCGGCCUGGCGGCCAAAGGCUCCAAGCCAAAGAGCCUUUCCAAAGCCCCCAUGGAGGCUGGGCCUGGGCCGGAGACAGCAGAGCCAUCGGAGUGCAAAAGGGCCGACGGAGUGGAGUCUGGCCUCAGCCAGAGCACUAGGACUCCAGGCAGCAGCCCCCGGGGGGGCCCGAAGACAACACCUCGAGCGACGGGGGCUCCUAAGAAGGCUCUGGUUCAAGGGACAGAGAGAGAGAAGGAGAGUCCGAAGCCUGGAGAGGCCUAUACCAGCCAUGGCGCCAAGAAGGGCUCGGGGAAGCCGAGUGGCACUGCCGAGCUGGCCAAGACCCCUCAGCUGCAGGGGAAGAGCCCAUCCCGCUUCAGCCUGUGCAGUGAGUCUGGGCUGCCCGGCACCCCUGAAGGAUCCAGUGCUAAGAGGCCCCAGAGCUGCCCGGUGAAAGGCCAGUGGGUGUCGGAAGCCCUCUGGAAAGGCAGCGGGGUGCCCAAGGCAGCCAGGGGUGAGGACAAGUCCCCGGGGAUCUCGCUGGGCACCAGCAGCCCCAUGCAGAAUAAGGAGCCGGCCAUCAGCUUCUCCUCAGUCCCGCAGCAAAGUCACCCGGUCACUGCCACCGUGGCACCCUUCCACUACCGGCUGCAGGGAGACAGGGAGAAGAGUGAAUUCUCCCAGGAGGAGCACGCGUGUGAGGAACCAACCAGCCCUGCAGACGGGCCUGAACUGGGCUUCUCAGGCUUGGCAGCCGGCGUGUUAAAUGAUUUCAGCGCAGGCGGGAUGCUUGGCACCAACCUGAAAAGCCUGGAGCUCAGCGGCGAGGGGCCGGAGGAGCUGAAGGGCUACCGGAAGGGGGCCGAGGGCAAGGGCGGCGGCAUGAUGCCCAAGCGGCCCAAAGCGCCCGGGGCGCACGAGCUGCGGGUCUUCAAGUCGGGCAGCGUGGAGAGCCGGCUGCCGCCCGGCCCCAGCCUGCGCAAACAGAAAUCCCUCACCAACCUGGCCUUCCUCACCGACGCCGAGAAGAAGAUGCAGCUCUACGAGCCCCGCUGGAGCGACGACAUGGCCAAGGCGGCCAAGGGCGGCGGGCGCGGGGGACUGAAAGCCAAGGAAGCCCCGCUCAUGUCCAAGAGCCUCUCCAAGUCGGAGCACUCCCUCUUCCAAGCCAGGCUCGCCCCCGGCCUGGCCAAGCCGCCACUGGCCCCGCUCCCGUCCAACCUCGGCAAGCCCAGCCGCAUCCCCCGCGGGCCCUACGCCGAGGUGAAGCCCCUGAGCAAGGCGCCCGAGGCCGGCGGGGCGGAGGACAGCAAAUCCGACGACGAGAUCCUCUCCAGCAAAGCCAAGGGCCGGGAGAAGCCGCAGCAGCAGCCGGCGCCGGCGCCCGGCCCAGCGGGGAAGGGGCAGGACGAGCGAGCUUACCUGAAGGUGGACCCGGAGCUCGUGGUGACUGUGCUGGGGGACUUGGAGCAGCUGCUCUUCAGCCAGAUGCUGGACCCCGAGUCCCAGAGGAAGAGGACGGUGCAGAACGUGCUGGACCUUCGGCAGAAUCUGGAGGAGACCAUGUCCAGUCUGAGAGGCUCCCAGGUGUCACACAGCUCUUUGGAGAUGACCUGCUACGACAGCGACGAAGCCAACCCCAGGAGCGUGUCCAGCCUGUCCAACCGCUCCUCCCCCCUGUCCUGGCGCUAUGGGCAAUCCAGCCCCCGGCUGCAGGCCGGGGAUGCUCCCUCAGUGGGUGGGAGUUGCCGGUCAGAAGGCACCCCCAGCUGGUACAUGCACGGCGAGCGGGCGCACUAUUCCCACACCAUGCCCAUGCGCAGCCCCAGCAAGCUGAGCCACAUCUCCCGGCUGGAGCUCGUCGAGUCGCUGGACGCCGACGACGUGGAUCUGAAGUCCGGGUACAUGAGCGACAGCGACCUGAUGGGGAAGACCCUGACGGAGGAUGACGACAUCACCACGGGCUGGGAUGAGAGCAGCUCCAUCAGCAGCGGCCUCAGCGAUGCCUCUGACAACCUCAGCUCGGAAGAGUUCAACGCCAGCUCCUCCCUCAACUCCCUCCCGUCCAGCCCCACGGCUUCCCGGCGGAACUCGGCCAUAGCGCUGCGCACAGACUCAGAGAAGCGCUCGCUGGCCGAGAGCGGGCUGAGCUGGUACAGCGAGGCGGAGGAGAAGGGCCCGAAGAAGCUGGACUACGACAGCGGCAGCCUCAAGAUGGAGCACGGCGCCUCCAAGUGGCGGCGGGAGCGGGCUGAGAGCUGCGACGAGGCCCCUGCCAAGGGGGGGGAGCUGAAGAAGCCCGUCAGUUUGGGCCCGCCGGGGUCCCUGAAGAAGGGCAAGACGCCCCCGGUGGCAGUGACCUCGCCCAUCACCCACACGGCCCAGAGCACCCUCAAAGUUGCAGGCAAACCUGAAGCUAAAGCCACUGACAAGAGCAAGCUGUCUGUGAAGAACGCGGGCCUGCAGCGCUCUUCCUCCGACGCUGGCCGGGAUCGGAUCGGGGAUGCCAAGAAGCCUCCCUCGGGGCUCGCCCGGCCCACUACCUCUGGCUCCUUCGGCUACAAGAAGCCGCCUCCCGCCACCGGCACGGCUACGGUGAUGCAGGCGGGUGGCUCGGCCACGCUUGGCAAGAUCCAGAAGAGCUCCAGCAUCCCUGUCAAGCCUGUCAACGGGAGGAAAACCAGCCUGGAUGUCUCCAACGCCGGGGAGCCUGGCUUUUUGGCGCCCGGGGCUCGCUCCAACAUCCAGUACCGGAGCCUGCCGCGGCCGGCCAAAUCCAGCUCCAUGAGUGUGACAGGCGGGCGUGGCGGGAACCGGCCUGUGAGCAGCAGCAUCGACCCCAGCCUCCUAAGCACUAAGCAAGGGGGCAUCUCGGUGUCACGGCUCAAGGAGCCCUCCAAGAUCGGCACGAGCCGGAGCACGCCGGCCCCGGUGAACCAGACAGACCGCGAGAAGGAGAAAGCCAAAGCCAAGGCCGUGGCCCUGGACUCCGAGUGCGUCUCACUGAAGAGCAUCGGCUCCCCCGAAAGCACCCCCAAGGCCCAAGCCAGCCACCCGCCUGCUGCCAAAGUGGCCGAGCUGCCCCCAACGCCGCUCAGGGCACCUGCCAAGAGCUACGUGAAGCCCCCUUCCCUGGCCAACUUGGACAAGGUCAACUCCAACAGCCUGGACCUGCCCUCCUCCAACGACCUGCCCCAGCCCCACGCCAACAAGCGGCAGGACCUGCACCCGGCGGCCGGGCACCUCACGCCCUGCUUUUCCCCCAGCCCCGCCCCCAUCCUCAACAUCAACUCAGCCAGCUUCUCCCAGGGCCUGGAGCUCAUGAGCGGCUUCAGCGUCCCCAAGGAGGGCAGGAUGUACCCCAAGCUCUCGGGCCUGCACCGCAGCAUGGAGUCCCUGCAGAUGCCAAUCAGCCUGCCCAGUGCCUUUUCCGGGAGCAGCGCCACCACCACCACCCCUGCCCCUGCUCCCACCCCUCCCGUCAGCACAGAGGAGGAGACCAGCGAGCAGGGCUGGACCGGCAGCCCAAGAGCAGCACAUCUGGACAGCACCAACCGCGACCGGAACACGCUGCCCAAAAAGGGGCUGAGGUACCAGCUCCAGUCCCAAGAGGAGACCAAGGAGAGGCGCCACUCCCACACGAUCGGCGGGCUCCCAGAGUCGGAUGACCCGUCGGAGCUGCCCUCGCCUCCCGCCCUCUCCGUGUCCUUGGCCGGGAAAAGCCCACUCACGAAUAUCGUGAGUCCCACUGCUGCCACCACUCCGCGGAUCACCCGUUCCAACAGCAUCCCCACCCACGACUCCGCCUUCGAGCUCUACAGCACCUCCCAGAUGGGCAGCACCCUCUCCCUGGCAGACAGACCCAAGGGCAUGAUCCGCUCGGGCUCCUUCCGGGACCCUGCGGACGACGUUCAUGGAUCGGUGCUGUCCCUGGCCUCCAGCGCCUCCUCCACCUACUCCUCAGCGGAGGAGAGGAUGCAAUCCGAGCAAAUCCGCAAGCUGCGCCGGGAGCUGGAGUCGUCCCAGGAGAAGGUGGCGACCCUGACGUCUCAGCUGUCAGCCAACGCUAACCUGGUGGCGGCCUUUGAGCAGAGCCUGGUGAACAUGACGUCCCGUCUGCGCCAGCUGGCAGAGACUGCGGAAGAGAAGGACACGGAGCUGCUGGACCUGCGGGAGACCAUCGACUUCUUGAAGAAGAAGAACUCAGAGGCCCAAGCCGUGAUCCAAGGAGCUCUGAACGGGACCGACAUCACGCCCAAAGAGCUGCGCAUCAAGAGGCAGAACUCCUCCGACAGCAUCUCCAGCCUCAACAGCAUCACCAGCCACUCCAGCAUUGGCAGCGGCAAGGAUGCUGACGCCAAGAAGAAGAAGAAGAAGAGCUGGCUCCGGAGCUCGUUCAACAAGGCCUUCAGCAUCAAGAAGGGCCCAAAGUCGGCCUCCUCCUACUCGGACAUCGAGGAAAUCGCCACCCCUGACUCCUCAGCCCCGUCCUCUCCCAAGCUACAGCACGGCUCCACUGAGACCGCCUCGCCCUCCAUCAAGUCCUCCAACUCCUCCUCCGUGGGCAUCGACGCCACUGAGCUCUUCCAGGCCAACGAGGAGGAGGAAGAGCCGGAGAAGAAGGAGGUGUCGGAACUGCGCUCAGAGCUAUGGGAGAAGGAAAUGAAACUGACCGACAUCCGGCUGGAGGCUCUGAACUCAGCCCACCAGCUGGACCAGCUCCGUGAGACCAUGCACAAUAUGCAGCUGGAGGUGGAUCUCCUGAAGGCCGAGAACGACCGGCUCAAGGUGGUCCCAGGGCCUUCAUCAAUCCCGGGCUCCAUCCCCGGGCACCUCAGGAGCACGUCAGCCUCCUCGUCCCCACGGCGCUCACUGGGCCUCGCCCUCGCUCAGUCCUUCAGCCCUGGCUUGGCAGAUACAGACCUGUCGCCGAUGGACACCGUGGGGGCCCAGAAGGAUGAGGUGACGCUGCGGAUCGUGGUGCGCAUGCCGCCCCAGCACAUCAUCAAAGGGGACUUAAAGCAGCAGGAAUUCUUUCUGGGCUGCAGCAAAGUGAGCGGGAAGGUGGAUUGGAAGACGCUGGAUGAAGCCGUCUGCCAAGUGUUCAAGGACUACGUCACCAAGAUGGACCCCGCCUCCACGCUGGGGCUGAGCACCGAGUCCGUGCACGGCUACAGCAUCAGCCAUGUGAAGAGGGUCCUGGACACGGAGCCCCCAGAGCUGCCCCCCUGCCGGAGGGGCGUGACCAGCAUCGCCGUGGUGCUGAAAGGCCUGAAGGAGAAGUGCGUGGACAGCCUGGUGUUCGAGACGCUCAUCCCCAAGCCCAUGAUGCAGCAUUACAUCAGCCUCCUGCUCAAGCACCGGCGCCUCAUCCUCUCAGGGCCUAGCGGCACGGGCAAGACCUACCUGACCAACCGGUUGGCCGAGUACCUGGUGGAGCGCUCGGGCCGGGAGGUCACCGAGGGCAUCGUCAACACCUUCAACAUGCACCAGCAGUCGUGCAAGGACCUACAGCUGUACCUCUCCAACCUGGCCAAUCAGAUCGACCGGGAGACGGGCAUCGGGGACGUGCCAUUGGUCAUCCUCCUUGAUGACCUCAGCGAGGCUGGCUCCAUCAGUGAGCUUGUCAAUGGAGCGCUCACCUGCAAAUACCACAAAUGCCCCUACAUCAUCGGGACGACCAACCAGCCCGUGAAGAUGACCCCGAACCAUGGCCUGCACCUCAGCUUCAGGAUGCUGACUUUCUCCAACAACGUGGAGCCAGCCAAUGGCUUCUUGGUCCGUUACCUGCGCCGGAAGCUGCUCGAGUCGGACAGCGACAUCAACGCCAACAGGGUGGAGCUGCUGCGGGUGCUGGAUUGGGUGCCCAAGCUCUGGUACCACCUGCACACCUUCCUGGAGAAGCACAGCACCUCGGACUUCCUCAUCGGCCCCUGCUUCUUCCUGUCCUGUCCCAUCGGGAUUGAGGAUUUCCGGACCUGGUUCAUCGACCUGUGGAAUAACUCCAUCAUCCCCUACCUGCAGGAGGGGGCGAAGGACGGGAUCAAGGUCCAUGGCCAGAAAGCAGCCUGGGAAGACCCCGUGGAGUGGGUCCGGGACACCCUGCCCUGGCCAUCAGCGCAGCAGGACCAAUCAAAGCUGUACCACCUGCCCCCACCCAGCGUGGGGCCCCACACCACAGCCUCCCCCCCGGAGGAGCGGACUGUCAAAGACACCACGCCCAGCUCCUUGGACUCCGACCCCCUGAUGGCCAUGUUGCUGAAGCUCCAAGAAGCAGCCAACUACAUCGAGUCUCCGGAUCGAGAGACCCUGGUGGAUCCCAACCUGCAGCCGACGCCGUGAGGUCGCAACGCACUGGGGAGGGGAGCUCGCCACCCUCAGCCGCCAGCGUCCCCCCGGCUGGUUUUGCUUUUCAUUUGGUCUCCUGGGAGUGCGCGGCCAGGGCUGGAAAGCGGCGGGGACGCGGGGCUCUGGCACGUCCCCUUUGGGCAUGGGGGCAGCAGGGCUCGGCCCCCGAGAAAGCGCGAGGCACCCGCCUCCCAGCCUGACUCUGGCGGUAGGAGAAUCCUGGUUUUUCUUCUUGGUUUUUCUGUCUCUGUCACAAACUCCUGGGGAUUGGGGGCCGAAUGCAGCCAACACAGACUCCCCAGCACCAACGGGCAGGCACCUGCAUGGGGCGGGGACCCCGCGGGACCCCUCCCGGGGUACGCUGGGGGGGCAGGGAGGAGCAUGCAGCCCCAGAACGAGGAUUUUUUUGUUGUUUUAAUGAAACAAUCAAUCUGCGGAGCAAAGAGAAGAACAAAUUCCUGAUGAAUGUGUCUGAGUCGCGCUGUCAGAGACCCGCUGGGCACCGGCUUCCACUGUCUCCCGCGCCAGCCACCCAACAAACUCCAGUGCAAGCAAAGGCCUGGGAGGAGGAGGCGGACUCUCAGCUCUGUCUUUGUACAUCCCUUAUUUAAUCUGCAUGACCGUCAUUUAAACCAGGACUUCCCAAUAAACCCUGCUUUGGUUAUAUUAUUCCCCCCCACACCCACCCAUUUGAUUUGGACAGAGUUCAGUCCUUCCUUUGUUCCUCUGGUUCUGGUUGGUUUCUCCCCGUUGCAGCGGCCCGAGGAGGGGCGGGCAGCCUCGCAUUGAGUUGAUUCCUUUUUUCCAUUUUCGUUGGACUCGUUUAUUUUUGUUGCUGUUGUUUUUUUUUCUCUCCCCUCUUCUCCCCCCCCCCCCGCCCCCAGUCACCUCGGUGAUGAAACUGGUGCUGACUGGAUGCUCUCCAGUGACUGAUUUUCCCCCCUUGCAGCUCCUAUCAGACUCAACGUGGCUUCAGUCAGCAGCACGACGCUCACAAAGAAGCACAACUGGCUGGGGGGGUUCCCCUCCCCACCCCUGACUUUGUGACACCCAUCUUCUAUAAGCACAAGAUGCCCAUAGCCGGGGGCCAGGCCCUGGCAGUGGGAGCUGAGAGACCGUGCUGCUGCGGCCCCUGGCGGCUCAAGUCCGAGGGAGUAGCCAGAGAUAGUGACAAUCUCCCACCAAGCCAGCAGAGCUGGUAGCAUCCGUCCCCCAUGAGCAUUCUCGGCUAGUUAGGGUAGAGGGUGACAGGACAUUGAGGCGAGGGGGCUGGCAGAGGAGGCCCUGCCUAUGACACAUCUCCAUGCAUGGUUAGUGCAUGCAGAGCUCUUGCUCCAUGUCCAGCAUAGAGAUCUCAGUAGCCGUUAGGUGGCAUCUAGACAAGGGGCGGGCAGCACAUGGGCCUCCCUCCUCCAUGCACAGCAGCAGGGGAACCAGUGAAAGAGCCCCCUCCUCCUCUCCCAGCCAAGGCCCUUGGAGAGCCCUUCCUCAGGCCCCAGAGCCGGCUGGCGGUGUUGGCUUAGGCCCAUCCAUGCGGUGGGUUCAGUACCGCUGGUGUGCAUUACAUUGGUGAUCAUGGGACUUGGUGAUGUGCAGACACAUCCUCUAGGCAACUACUCCCCCAGGGCCAUUCAUAUACUCAGCCCAGGGGGCCAGUAACUCGUGGCCCGAGGGAUAAUAGCCCAGCGAGUGCUGUUUCCUAGCAAUCAAGACAGACUUGCACCUCGGGUUGAAUCUCUGGCAAGCGGCCUGUGGUCUUGCUUGGAAUUCAGCUUGAGCAGCUCAAGGUGAGCUGUGGGCGGAGGCACGUCCCUUCCCCGGAGCAGGAAACUGCCAAGGGAUCUCCCUCGCCCAGGACCACACAGGGAGCAGAAGCCCCAGUCUGGGAAGCUGCCCUGCCUCGUGCUGCAGACUGAAUCUGCGCUGCUGUCUCUGCAAGCUGUGAAGAUCCAAGCCAAGGCCUGCAAAAGAAAUAUGCAACUGUACAGCCAGAAGAGGUGGCUGUGGAAUGGGGGGAACGAACCAUGGUGCUGCAAUGCUGCCUUAUUACCUCUGCCAACGGAGCAGCCUGGAGCGUAUGAGCCAAGGGCACCUGUUGGCCAAUUCAUUGGGUACGUGGCUGGAUCCCAGCCCAUGAGCGCCAAACAGAGUUGAUAUGUGUAACCAGGGGGAGGGGGGUAUGUUUAACCCCAUCUCUGCUGGUGCCUGCGGUGCUCCUGUCCUGCAUAAAUGUUCCACUGACGUAUGUUCAGGGACCGCCAAGGCCCUCACCGCUCUCCGGCGAGCAGGGAGGAAAACUGAACUGGAGACGUGGUCCUAGCCCCACCACACUCCCUGCUGUGGAGUGCUGGGCUCCAGCUAGCACCCACCCCAGCUCCCCAUGGGUUGGGAUAGGUCGAUCCCUGUCCGGCUCCAUGACUUGGAGGGGUGCCUGCUGCUAACAGAGAUGCAUCCCUGGCCUCUGCCCGCUGUGCUCGUGUUUGACAUCGCUGCCGGCCGUGAGCUGGGUCUCGUGAGCGUCCGUAGCCAGGCAGUUCUGGACAAGGUCUCUCAGCCUCCAAGGGCCUGUCGGACCCCAGGACCCUGCUUACACUUCUGGGGGUCCAGAGAACCUCACCCAGGGAUUCCUGCUGCCAGCCAAAGCUCAUGGUUGGGCUCAAGCGGAUCAUGUAAAGAGUCACGAUUUCAAGGCUCCAAGUGACGGAGAAUCCACCCUGUCCCUGCGUGACCGUGGACAUGACUUACAAAUACGUCCUCUACACAAACUCCUGGCCCUAUCGCGCUCCACCUGGUGCCACCCACAGCCAGAGCUGCUGCACCAGCCUGGUCUCUUGACAGGUCUGAUCCCAUGGGCCAGCCCUGCCCAGGUGCCUACGCUGUCCCAUGCAGCUUGCCACCUCUGCUGGGGAGGUGGCUAUGGGCACACGCUGGUGAACAACGCAUGAGUGGAGGAGAGAGCAGUAGCUCCGAUCUCGGCUCUCCCCAUCCUGCAGCCUGUUGCAUUGAGUUCACCCUGGUGGCGAUGGAGGGCGGAGGUGUGGAGUAGGGCAGCCAGUGCCUAAUGCUGGUGGUUACUGGAGCCCCUGUGGAUCUGGCCAGAUGCAGCAGCCUGGCAUCCUGGUGGGGAGGGCAGGACAGUGGGCUCCUGGCUCGAUGGGCAGCCCCGCAGCGGGGAGCAAGGGCGAACUUCGUUGCUGGUGGAGGUUGGCCCCACGCACUAACAUGUUACAGGCAGAGUGCGAUCAGCUGCCUCCCCUUCGGCCUGGACCCACUGCCCUGCCUUCCCAAAGGGCGUCUCUGGCAGGAGGCAGGUGCUGCUAUCUUUCCGGUUUGCUUUUGCUCGGAGACGACACAAAACACCACCCGACCUGCCUUUCUCAGUCGUGUGCUAUCUCGGGGUGCAGGGCUUGGGGGGUCUGGCACAUGGCGCCUCUGGGUAUGACCGAGGCCUGUGCACAGAAUCUCUCUGUCCCUGACUCUCCGGGGGCUUAAAACCAACCCAAGAGGCCUUUUGGUGUAAGGAAAAUCUGGUCUGGUGCAUUUCCCCGCUCCCCUCCCCCCCCAACGCCGUGUGUGUAGGCAUGGGGGGGGCGUUCCCAUUGAAAUGUAUCUGUGACCCUCCCAAGGGCAGACCCUUGGACCGGCGCUGCCAGGGAUUUGCAGCAAUGUCCUGUGCAGAUCUAAGGUGCUCGCUUCGCUCUCUGUGUGUAAUUGUGGACACGUGCACCCUGUCAAUGUAACCCAAUACCAACACUGGGAACUUCGGGUGUAGCAGAAGCUUCCAUUGGCUGGUUUAAUGUGCACAAUCCCCUUGGGCGCUGGUUUUUGCUACUCUUGGCUAUGAGCUUUACCUCACGCAAAUCUGCUGAUGUUAUGCCCCUCGAGCGGUUGAAAUCGGUCCAGCUGCACUGGAGCAUUACAGCAGGGGUGAAGUGACAAAUGGACACAGAUGAUGUCCACGGCUCUUAACAAUGGAGGUAGAAUCCGUGCAGAGAUGGGAUACCCCAGGCUUUUCUCCAUCUAGUCUAUCCUGCAGACUCUGGUCUCCAGGGCUUUGGUCUGUGCUCUUAAACGACUCAAGCAAUGGCCCAGCCACCUCUGCCCCCGAGCGACCGUUCCAGACUGAUCCCUCUUGCUGCUGAGAAACUUGCUUUUGCUCAAAACUCCCAUAGUCCCAACCCACGUGAUUCCUCCUCUUCCAUCCUUUUCCAUUGGCGCCUUUCCAAGAGUUGCAGGCAAUUAGUAGGACCUCACUGUCUCUUAGCCACCACUUAGCAAAGCUCUUAAUACUGAGUUCUCUUCAUUCUUCCCCCUACUGUUCAUCUCUCCAGCUCCAUCCUCACCAGAGCUGCUCAUCUCUCAAUCCCCUUUGCUUUGUAACACCGACGGUAUAGGAGCAGCCAGAGAGCCCGUUCGGGACGGGGGCCUGGGUGUGCUGCACAAACUCUCAGCAAGACUGAGUUCAAGAGCCUCAAAGAUAUUUCGGUGCCUGACUCCUAUUGGUUUCUGGGCCGUGGUCGAAGAAAAAUCGUUGGCAUCUUUCAGGUAAAGAUGAGCCCAACGCCGAACCCAAGAUCCCCCCCCACACACACACGUUUGGAUUCAGAGCUGGAUUCAUACUGGGCAGCUGGGCUCUGUCUCAAAGGGAGGUGCCAUAUUCUAGUUUUCAGUGUUUAGCAGCACAGGUAGGGUGACCAGACAGCAAGUGUAAAAAAUCGGGAUGGGGGUGGGGGGUAAUAGGUGCCUAUAUAAGAAAAGCCCCCAAAAUGGGGACUGUCCCUAUAAAAUCGGGACAUCUGGUCACCCUAAUUACAGGUGGCUGGGUAAUGAAAUCCCCACUGGAAUCCAAUGAUCCCACCCAGAGGUUUCUUUUACACACGUUGUGGCUUCCAUUUUGGAGACCUGGGUUUGAAGGCGCUCAAGAGCUGUCACUCCUGGGGGGACUCUCCCAGGUGCGUAAGCACCUCGCCCCCAUUUCAUUUCAGUGGGUGUGAGGCGCUUGAAUCCCUUUUGAGGAUCGGGGCCCUAGGCCUUAAUUUCUUGCCCAACCACACCCAUUAUUUCACCCUCCUCACCGUGGCCAGGCGUCCCUGUGAGUGCGCCAGCACUGGGCUGGGUAUGGCCCAGUUGGGUGGCCGAGACCCAGCUGCAUUCAGUAGGCUUUGAAUCAACCCUUGGCAUCUAGCACUGGAUUCCAGGUUUGCGCCCAUUCCUGGUGAGGAAGGAAGAGCCAAGAGGUAGCGUAUUAAACCAGCCAAGCCACCAAGGGCAGGAACGCAGCAAACUGCAUGGCACAGGCGGCAUCUCUGUCAAUGCGUCUUUACAGGGUCAGCCCUGGUCCUUGUCUGUCUGCUCUGUAUCACAGCACGUCCCCGCUGCGCCAUUCCCUAGCUCCGGAUGAGCCGGGCGAUUUAAACACCACGUGCUGGGCUCGACACUGGGGUUUUCUCUCGUUUGCCUUUUCUGUUCACUCUGUAGGAUAAGGACACACUGUAAAUAGCGCUGUACCUGGAGGCCCUGAGUGGGUUGGAUGGGGCCCGGCCCCGCCUGUCUGUCCCUUUUUGUACUAUGUGUGAAUAACUGUGCUGUGCUGACUCAUGUUUCUGAUUGUAUGAGACACUGGCCCAGCAAUCGCUAUAGGGCAUUAGCAAGAACUGGGGGACAUGAGCCCUGCCCCAUCAGACUGGGACUGCCCCCCACCUGCCCCCUUGCAUGGGCUGCAGGAACAGCAGUGCUAGAGAGGGCAGCACAGGGGACAGGAGGGCUUCAGGGGCCUGAUGCUGAGAGCUGGUGGGGGAGGGAGGGAGAGGCCCAUUUCUAACAGGCUACGACUGGGCAGUUAAAAGGAGCCUAAGGGCAUGAGCCCCCCAGCUGCCCUUAAACCGCAGCUGUGUGCCUCACUCCCGGAGCCCUUAGUCCAGCUCCAUCCCUAGGAGCAGCCCUUGUCCAUCCAGCAUGGGGAGACCCACCCAGCGUUGGAACCACCUCUUUCCUCUGCCCCUGCCUCCCCCCAAGUUAUGGUUUCCAUUCCCAAUUCAAGUGAGGCUCCCCUGCCUUCCCCCCCACCAGGCACCCCAUAAUCAAGGGAGCUCGGUGCUCCAUGUAGGGAGAGCAAUGGGGUGCUGCCUGCUCACACCUGCUGGGCGAGGCCCGAAGGCCUGAGCUGACCCUCGCGAGGGAGGAUUUUAAAGAAACAGGCUCAAGUCCCCAUUUUUACUGGGGAGGGGAGGGAGACAUGGUUGACUUCAAUGGCAUUACUCCUGAUUUACACCAGCGUGAGGGAGGGGGACUCUGGCCCAUAGGGUGAUGGUAGAUAUGACUAGCCUCAGCAAGGAGGGAUGCAAGGUUGGAGAUGCCAAAGUGCUAAUUACAUUUUACUGGCCAGCUCCUCAGCUGCUGCAGGUCAGCAGACGUGGACUUCAGUGGAGUGCUGCCCAUUUACAGCAGCUGAGGAGCUGGCCCUGCAUAUGGACGGGGCAAGGGAAAGAGGACACCCAUGAGAGCAAACACAGCCUGGGGCCUAGUGCUCCAGCCCUGCAGAGAGGGGCUCAGUGCUGGAUGCCUCCUUUAGCAAGUGCAGGGCCUGCAGGGGGCAGAGGGGCAGGACUGUGGGGCCAGCCUUUGACGCUGUCCUAACUUCAGAUCCUGCUUUGCAAAAAAUAAAUAAAAGGGGGAGAGAUUGUGGGAAUUCCACCCAUUAGUCCAUGAGCAAGCCAAAGGGAGACGGUGGCUGGUUCCUCCGGGCUCUGCCUGGAGCCUUGGUGCUAAGAUACCCAAGGCCUUGAUGCCCAUGGAAGCCCGGAGUGAGGCUGUUGGAAAAGCGGACAAUUGCACUAAUUCAUCCAACCAUUGGCCAACCUAAAGUCCCUUCCCCGCCAAAGACAUUGAUUAACCCUUUCUGCUCUUCCCCCCUGAGCCUGGGCCGCACUCCAUCAGGGGAUGGAGUUAGGAUUCCUCCAAAGUCUUGUGUCUCCUUGGCCCAUUAGCGACUGCUGACGGGUGGCCCAAACCGUACGAGUUUAGCUUUUUUCUAUUAAAAACAAACCAACCUUUUUUUUAUUGAAUAAAAAAACCUGAAAUGGACGAAUUCCUGUUUUAGACGAGCUGUGUAAUUGAUGAGGUUCUGUGUUUCUUAACUGCAUGGUAUUCCUGCUGAGGGGGUUUUAUAGCACUUUUUAAAUUUCUCUUAAGAUUUUGGUCCAAAUUUCUACUGCCGUCUCUCUCUCUCUCUCCUGUCUGUCUUUGCUUUCUCCUUUCCUUCUCAAAGAGAUUCUUUGUAGACUUGCUCCAUUUUAUACCUGAUGUAGACACGACAACAAGCCGCGAGUCAGACAUUGUACAUAGCUGUGGAAACAAUCAUGGGACACCAACACGAGCUGGACUGUUUCCAAGAUGAAUCGUUUUUACUUAAGUUUAAAAAUUUUAAAAAGAAGAAGAAGAAGCCAGAAACAGGCUUUUAAAAUAAUAAUAAUAAAGACAUAGAGCAAAAUCCAACCUUCCACCUACUCAUCUCUUGCUGCCCAAGCCGGUCACACCAAAUGGCAUGUCUCCUCUGGGGUCAUCUGUCUAACACUUUGGAAGUUCAAUAAAUUUAUCUCCUGUA